CCAAGUGCUCUUUGUAAGAGACUCACCUGAUUAUUGUCGAACCGAGCGACCAUACCGUGCAGUCAGUGUCUAUCUGGUUUCAGAAGAGAAAUUAUCGUCUCCAGAGCUCGAAAUGGCGGACGCCUACGAACGUGAACAACAAAACAACGAGCUUCUAAACUCCCUCUCGGGCAAAGUCUCCGCCCUAAAAAAUGUCACGAUCGAUAUCUAUGAUAAUGCUCGGGACCAGGACACGCUUGACCACUCGAACCAAGUCUUCUCCUCCCUCUCCACAAACUUGAAAGGAAGCGCGAGCCGGCUUACAAGGAUGGCGAGACAGGGUGACACGGUUGCUGUUCUGAAGGUUGCCGGCAUCGUCAUCUGCGCAGGGAUUUUCCUUUGGUUGGUGCUGGGGUGGAUCUUUUGAAUACGAUCUGCUGGCGUGGUUAUGGCGUUGCAUCUCAUGCAAAUGGGUGUUGGGGUGGGGUCUACAUAUAUAAUGCAUUGAGGAGAAGAGAAAGUGCUGCAGGUAUAACUAAUCUUGCUGGCGAGAUUAGUCUGCCUAGAGUGAGUUUCCGGAACUCAUGGCCGUAUUAUUAAUUGUCUGGCCGGUUUACUAAGCUUUCGCAGCGACCAUUUAGGGUAUGCUUGUCUAUACUCGUACCUCAUGCUUGUUGCACAAACUAAAGUAUUGUUCUAGCUG